UGGUCAUGUGAAGCGAGAGGCGGGCAUUUACCGUUUGAAUGAUGUAUCAAUGGAAUUCAAAGGCCACUUCAAUAUUGAAGCAUCAGCAUAAAUGUUGAGUCUGACUUGUACACGAGCGCUUCAAAGAUGGAUGAAAAGAAAAUCAUGUGCAUCGGUUUAGUAUGCUUAGAUAUUAUUAGCGUUGUUGACAAAUAUCCGGAGGAGGAUACUGAUACAAGGUGUUUGUCUCAAAGAUGGCAGCGAGGUGGCAAUGCGUCAAACUCUUGCACUGUACUUUCCCUACUAGGAGCACGUUGUGCUUUUAUGGGUUCUCUAGCAGCUGGUCAAGUGGCAAAUUUUGUUUUGAAUGAUCUCCAGAAGUACCGGAUUGAUGUCAGUCACAUGAUUCAGCAUUUGGAUUGUUCCUUAUCAUCCUCUGUAGUGAUUAGCAAUGUGAGUAAUGGGAGCAGAACCAUACUACAUAAUAGCAGCUUCAUUGUGGAUGAUUUCACAGCUCGUGGUGUGGACAUUUCUUCUGUGGUAUGGCAGAAUGAAGGAGUGACUCCUUGUGCCUGCUGCAUUGUCUGUUCCAAUGAUGGCUCUCGUACAGUAUUAUUAUAUGACACCAAUCUUCCGGAUGUCACUGCUGAAAAUUUCAAGACAGUAGAUCUUUCAGACUACAAGUGGAUUCAUGUUGAGGCAAGAAAUGCAAAUGAGCAAGUGAAGAUGAUAAAAAGAAUAGAACAGUAUAAUGACAUGAUGGCAGCUGGUCAAAAAAUUACUGUAUCUGUGGAAAUUGAGAAAACAAGGGAUGACUUGUAUCAACUUUUUUCUUAUGGCGAUGUGGUUUUUGUUAGUAAGGACGUGGCUCGAAAGUUUGGGUUCAAUUCUCCAUCUGAAGCGCUAAAGGGCUUAUAUAGUAAAGUAAAAAAGGGAGCAAUUCUGAUAUGUGCCUGGGCAGAGAAAGGGGCUGAUGGACUAUGUUCUGAUAAUAAGAUAGUUCAUUCAGAUGCCUUCCCCCCAGAAAAAAUAGUGGACACCCUGGGAGCAGGGGAUACUUUCAAUGCUUCAGUUAUUUUUGCUUUAUCCAAUGGGAAAAGUCUUCAAGAAGCAUUAACCUUUGGCUGUAAAACUGCUGGAAAGAAGUGUGGAUUACAUGGAUAUGAUGGCAUUGUUUAAGUAAAGAGGUUCUUCCUGAACUAAGAAUGAAUAAAUGGGGCAAUAUUUCCAACACUAUAAAGAAAGAGCGUGGUGGUCUUAUAUGUUUUGCCACAUUUGUAUCAUUUUUGAAUUUGCUAAUACAAAUUGGCAUUGCCUAAUUUUUUUUAUCACUUUUAAUUGCAAUUCAUGUAAUUUUAAAGUUCUGGUAUUUGAAAAUAUAUAGGCUUUACUAGUAUACAUUAACAGAAGAAAUUUCAUGUUUCAAGUAUGUCUCCAGCUGCAGGAGUCAUCUGCAUUUAUGGUUGUAUGCUAAAUUAUUUUAAUUUAAAGACAAAUAGCUCAAUAAAUUUUAUUUAAUUUGAAAAAA